AUGUCUUUUUCAAUAGAGCUCAUAUCUACUACGCCUUACAAGGACCAGAAACCGGGCACGUCCGGUUUACGUAAGAAGACGAAAGUUUUCAUGAAUGAACCUCAUUAUACCGAGAAUUUUAUUCAAGCAAUGAUGGAAUCUAUUCCUGAAGGUCCAAGCGGCGCUACUCUGGUGGUAGGUGGUGAUGGGCGUUUCUAUAAUGAUGUUAUUAUGAACAAGAUCGCAGCAGUUGGGGCUGCUAAUGGUAUUAAAAAGUUAGUCAUUGGUCAAGGCGGUCUACUCUCAACGCCGGCUGCUUCGCAUAUUAUCAGAUCAUAUGAAGACAAAUGUAAUGGUGGUGGUAUUAUUUUAACCGCUUCGCAUAAUCCAGGUGGUCCAGAAAAUGAUUUAGGUAUCAAGUACAAUUUACCUAAUGGUGGUCCAGCUCCAGAGAGUGUUACAGACGCCAUCUGGGAAGCUUCUAAGAAACUAACUCAUUAUAAAAUUAUAAAGAGUUUUCCUGAGUUGGAUCUGAAUAAGAUCGGUAAAAACCAAAAGUAUGGGCCAUUGUUAGUGGAUAUAAUUGACCCAACCAAGGCAUAUGUUAAAUUUUUGAAAGAGAUCUUCGAUUUUGAUUUAAUCAAAAACUUCUUGACAAAACAGCGUAAGGCUAAGGGAUGGAAAUUGCUUUUUGAUUCUUUGAACGGUAUCACAGGACCAUAUGGUAAGGCCAUAUUUGUGGAUGAAUUUGGUUUACCAGCCGAGGAAGUGCUCCAAAACUGGCACCCUCUACCUGACUUCGGCGGUUUACACCCCGACCCAAAUCUAACUUAUGCUCGCACUCUUGUUGACAGAGUUGACCGUGAGAAAAUCGCCUUUGGUGCCGCUUCCGACGGUGACGGUGACAGGAAUAUGAUCUACGGAUAUGGGCCUGCUUUUGUCUCACCAGGUGACUCUGUUGCUAUUAUUGCCGAAUAUGCCUCAGAAAUUCCAUAUUUUGCCAAACAAGGUAUUUACGGGUUAGCUCGUUCAUUCCCAACAUCCUCUGCCAUUGAUCGUGUCGCAAUAAAGAAAGGGUUGAACUGUUACGAAGUCCCAACCGGCUGGAAGUUUUUCUGUGCUUUGUUCGAUGCUAAGAAGUUAUCCAUCUGCGGUGAAGAAUCCUUCGGUACAGGUUCCAACCAUGUCAGGGAAAAGGACGGUUUAUGGGCCAUUAUUGCCUGGUUAAAUAUCCUGGCAAUCUACAACAAGCAUAACCCUGAAAAGGAAGCUUCAAUUAAAACAAUUCAAGACGAAUUUUGGAAUGAAUACGGUCGUACUUUCUUCACUAGAUAUGACUACGAACAUGUUGAAUGCGAACAGGCUGAAAAAGCGGUGGCUCUCAUGAACGAUUUUGUCAAAAGCCCUAAUGUUGUUGACUCACCAUUCCCAGGUGACAAGUCCCUGACUGUCACUGAAUGUGGCGAUUUUUCGUAUACGGACUUGGAUGGUUCCAUCUCCAAGAACCAAGGCCUAUUCGUAAAGUUAUCAAACGGGGCUAAGUUUGUUUUGAGAUUAUCGGGCACAGGCUCUUCCGGUGCAACAAUAAGAUUGUACGUAGAAAAAUACACUGAUAACAAGGAGAAGUACGAUGAAACCGCCGAUGUCUUUUUGAAGCCAGUCAUCAGUUCUAUCGUGAAAUUCUUAAAAUUCAAUGAGAUUUUGGGAACAGAAGAACCAACCGUCCGUACAUAG